GAGUGAGAGUAUUAAGAGCAUCACUUUUUUUUUUUUGCGAGCCUCUUUAUUUAGUUUAGUUGAAGGCGUUCGCCGCCGCGGACGUCUCUGCAUGUAAAUGUGCGCAAAUGGCUCGGGCGCACUUGUGAGGGCAGCGACGCGGGGGCUAUUAUGUCCAAAAAGUAUGCUUUUCUUCGAGGACGCUACCGCGACGCUGUGCACGGCACUCUCUAACCCUUGCUGGUUGUAAUUAUUGUUAUUAAUUAUUAUUAUUAUUAUUAUUAUUGCAAUCAAAUCACCCCCAACUUCGUGCAUCCGAAGCGCACGGGAGGAGAGCCGCAAAAAGGGUUAAACAUAAAGACAGCGAAGGGGGAGAGAGGAAAAAAAAACGAGUCACAAUGGAAGAGAACGAGCGCGGCAGCAGAGACGACUCGGCGGAAUCGAACAGAGCCAUCCUGCCUCUGCUGCAGGUUCAAGGGGGCAACGCGCAGAACCCGCACCGGGUCACCAACUUCUUCAUCGACAACAUCUUGAGGCCGGAUUUCGGACGCAAAAAGGACACCGGAGCGAACCACCAGAACCGCCGCAGGGAGAGUACUUUGUCGCCCCCGCCGCCGCUGCCGCCGCCGCCUCCGCCGCCGCCAGAGAGCCUCGGCAGUCCGGCGGCGCCCCAGACCGAGCCGGUGGGCAGCACGGUGCCCGCGGAGGGCACCUCCACGCCGCACGCGGACAAGCCAGCCAUAGCCGCCGAAGAGCACCUGAAAGCCCGCGGGGAGAGCGGAGACCAGUGCCUAAGCUCGGACUCGGACAGUUCCCAAGCCAGCUCCAACGCAGCCCCGGCCCAGCAGCCCAUGCUGUGGCCCGCCUGGGUGUACUGCACCCGCUACUCGGACAGGCCCUCUUCAGGUCCGAGAUCCCGCAAACCAAAGAAGAAGAGCACCAGCAAGGAGGACAAGCGACCACGCACGGCCUUCACCGCCGAGCAGCUGCAGAGACUCAAGACCGAGUUCCAGACGAACCGCUACCUGACCGAGCAGCGGCGCCAGAACCUGGCCCAGGAGCUGGGCUUGAACGAGUCCCAGAUCAAGAUCUGGUUCCAGAACAAGCGCGCCAAGAUCAAGAAGGCCAACGGGAGCAAGAACACGCUGGCCCUGCACCUGAUGGCGCAGGGCCUGUACAACCACGCCACCGUCACCAAGGACGACAAAUCCGACAGCGACUGAACACGACCCUGCUUUUAUUUUAUUUUUUUUUUCCCUCAAAACAGUCUAUCCUACCACACAGAAAUAUAAAGCAGAGUAUAGUGACGUCAGCUCACACGAUCCCACUAUAUAGUAAUAUUAAGAUGCAAUAAUAUCAUCCAACAACAAGGGCCAGUUUAAGAGAGAAUAUACCAGCAUAAAUCCAGAGUCUGCAAUAUCACGUCUAUACAAGAUGCUGUAUGAAGUUGUCAUUGUCUGUCCCCCCCCCCAAGCAGGAGUUUCUAAUUAAUGAAUUACUUAUGGAUGCCAUCCAGCAUACAGUAUACAUAUAUAUGAUAUAAUGAUUGUCAUUUUUACAUCCGGCACUUCUAUAUGAGAAGAAACAAGUCCAAAGAAUGUUGGGUUUUUUUUUUUGUUUGUUGUUGUUCCUGCUGCAUCAAGGCUACUGUGAAUUUAAAAUCAAUGCUAACACCAUUUUGUUUUGAAAUCAUGUAUAGAUAUGAAGAGAGAGAAAGAGAGAGAGAGAUGUCUAUGGCAUUAUUUUCUAACAUGUUGCUUAUGUGCGUGUUUUAUUUUAAAUAGCAAUAUCAACCACUGCUGUGUUAAAUGAAUGACUGCCGCCUCUAUAGUGACCUUGUAGCAUUCAAACCACAAGCACUCAUGCAGCUUGUGUUCUUGUUCAAUUUUCUACAGUAUUUGAGGACAUUUAUCAUUGCAAAAGGCAUCCAUCUGUGACUGUAUUAAAAAAAAAAAGGACUUCACGUGUAUUUAUAUAGAUUCUAUUGAAGAAAAAAAAAUCUAUCCAAUGACCAGUGUUGCUUUAGAGUAGGUAUCUGAGGUGUUUACACUGCUUGUUUAUCUUGCAAUAACUUUUUUGUUUUGUUUUUGUGAAUGGAAAAAAAUGUGUCGACGAGGCCUUUUGCAUGAACGCUGCAAUCUGUUGUACUUGGGGGGCAAACAACUUUGUUUAUAAAGAACAAACAUAUGACCAAGCUAUCGGGGUUGUAUUUAUGGAUCUGGGGCCGGGGUAACUUUUCGCCUCUAACUGGCCACGAAAAAUGAACCCAACAAAUGUUUCUUAGUAUUAUACAUUAUGGGCAUUUUUGGGAGGGUAGGCUUUUCAUAAAACUGUUUGUAGAACUGCUCUCGGGGUCCGCAUGUGGCCCACGGGGCGCAGUUUCCCAACCCCUGCCGUACGCCAAAUUUCCGUUUGUUUGCCUUUCAACGUUUUCUGUUGUGCAUCUGCAAAAACAAGUGUGUGUGAAUUUAAAAAAAAAAGAAAGAAAGAAAAAAAAGACCCACCAAACCGAAACACACUUUGCCUUAAAAAGUCCCCAUGUGGACUUUUUUGUGAAACAGAACUGUGCCGAAUCAGAUAAGCAGUAUUACUUCAA